AUGGAGGCUUAUGGUAAAGCUUGCAACAUGGAGAGAAUUUUGAAACGAGAAGAGGAAGUGUUGGGACGAAUCAAGAGGAAGGACCAAAGUGGGAACUCUCAAACUCAAGGUUAUGAGAAAAAGGCUCGCUAUGGAGGAAAUAAUAGCGGGGUAACCAUCAGGGAGGUCGUUAUACCAACAAUAACAGUUCUCACAACACAAUCAAGGUCAAAGGACGAAGGAGACAAUAAUAAGAAGGUGUUUGUCUGUAAGAAGUGCAAUAAGAGUCACCCAGGUUUCACAUGUCAGGGCGAGCGAAUUGAGUGUUUCCAGUGCGGCGAAUCUGGACACAAGGCCAAUCAGUGUCCAAAUAGGCAACUGACCAAAAUAAGGGAAACAACAACAAUGAGAAUACCAAUCAAAACCAAUACCAGACCCAUAAUCGCCCUGCCAAUCCUCAAGUUCCAAACACCAAUGUCCUUUGUGGAAAAGUUUUCUUUAGAACCUUCAUCGUCGUGUCUAGCCAACAUUGUCAUGUCCACCGGGACCACAAUCCCAUGUAAUACCCUUUUUCAAGACAUUCCUAUUACCAUAAGCGGAACUGAUCUACCUGCUGAUCUGAUCUUGUUUUCCCUGAAAGACUUUGAUGUUAUCUUAGGAAUGGACUGGUUGAGUAGAUAUAAGGCCAAGAUUGAGUGUCAUAAGCAAAAAGUGUCUCUUAAAGGACUAAAAGGGAAUAGGAUAUCUUACCAAGGGGUUGUCUUUACACCUGGAAUCAAGAUUAUCUCAGCUUUGAACCUUCAAACUUACAUUAGGAAAGGCUACACAGUGUACCUAUGUCACAUGAAAGAUAUAAGUAAGGAGGAUGAGGAGAUACCCAACAUUCCUGUUGUUUGUGAAUUCCCGGAUGUAUUUCCAGAAGAAUUCCAGGAAUCCACCAGAGAGAGAAGUUGA